CUGUUUCUGUACGGAAACAUGAUCCAGAAGAGGGAAGAGAAAAAAGUAUUCUUGGACCUCCGCGAUCCAUCUGCCCUGUUCUACAGUGCUUCAUGUGGAAACCGAUGCUUCACGCAUCCAUGAAUAGGGAGGGAGCGAUGCCAUUCAACGCAUUCGUGGGAACGAGGUCUGUGGAAUCAUUCAACCAUUGACAGUUUCUCUUACAUGGCUGGUGGCUCUUUGAGUCCUGACAGCAAUGCUAAGCUUCGUCUCCAUAUUCAAAAGGACAUGGUAUUGUACUGGCGUUGCUGUUCUUUUCUCGAACCGCAGGGCCUUCCUUCUACCUCUUUGGAGGGCUUUGGGAAUGUCUGACCGAGUCCUGUCGUAAAGUUCAGAAGCCUCCCUCCUACAUAAACAACUUCAUCGGCUCGGCCAAGAUAUCAAUAUACCUCGGGAAGGAGGAGUACGGGUCAAGGCAUGAGAUUCUUGGGAAGAAGGGUGAGGCAGUACAACAGAACCGACGCUCCUCGCAUGCGAUGGACGGAGGAGCUGCAUCGGUGCUUUGUCGAAGCAGUCGAUUGCCUCGGAGGAGAAACGGAAGCAACUCCAAAGAGAAUUCUACAGUUAAUGGGCGUAAAAGGAAUAAGCAUAUCUCAUGUCAAAAGCCAUCUGCAGAUGUACAGAAGCACGAGCACCCACUGCGAGAAGAACCGAAGCAAGCAACUGGAAGCACCGCGGCACGACGUCCUCAUGGCUUACAGUCUGCCGAAGCAGAGAGCGGACGCACACCUCGGUCUCACCCGUUCAAUUCAAUCGCCGACGUUUGAGGAGCUGCUGAGAGACUGGGCAGCAAAGAACAUGGCCUCCAUCUUUCCAAGAGACACGUUGACCGAAGACAACAGCCAGCUACUCCAGCUCGCUUAUUCUCAGCGAUCGCCGCCGAAGGAGACCAACUGCGAGUCGAGCUUAUCGUCUUUUGCCUACCGGAAUCAGAGAAGCUUGGCAGACACGGGCGACCGGGGAUCAAGUGCAGCAAAGAAGCACGUAAACUUGGAGCUGACCAUCUCAUCACCUGCCUGUUCCUGACACGAUGCUUGUAGUCAACCAUACAAGUUAGCAGAAGACGAGCAGAUCAACAAUGUUUUCUUGAAUCCGCUUCGGACGACCCGAAGGAUCUAAGAAAGAUUGUUUAGAUGUUCGUAGACACUUGUAAAUUUGUUGUAGCCCUAAAAACAAUAAUUGCAUUUUGAUCA